AUGUGCAAUGUCGAACAAAUAGCAGACUGUGGUGAUAUAUUAAGUUUGGGAAGAGCAUUAUUUAUUACAGAAAAGGAUGAUCCAGCUUGGCUAUCCCAAUGUACGGUUUCGCUGUCCUCCUGUGGCAAUUUUUUAGCUGUAGGAUAUAAAUAUAGAAUUUGCUUUCUUACUACACAAUGGAUCAAUUCUAUUGAAAGCAAUAGCUACCUUAUAUCAUGGAGUGGUACAUUGGCAUCGGAAAUAACAUCAGUAUUGGCAGUUUCUUUGUGUCCAACACAGCUCUCAACCCAGAGUGGGCCUGACUGGUUCUGUGUUAUAGUAGGCUUUGUAAAUGGAACUGUUGGAUUUUAUACAAACACAGGACACCUCCUGUUACUUGAAAAGUUAGAUGACAAACCUGUAAUAAAACUUUCAUGCCAUACUGGUACCUAUGGGACAAUGCCUGAUGAUAUUCACGUUCUAUUUUGUCAUUGUGUCUGCGUCAUUCCUGGGACAACAUUAUUCCAAACUUUAAGAAAUGCUAAGGCCCAUCAAGCAAAAGUUUAUGCAGGCAUUCAAGAGGACUCUGCAAUAGACAGUAAAAAUUUAAACAUCAGAAAGUGGACAUUCUCUGACCAAGAAUCUAUCUCUGAUGCUGCAGUAGUAGGCCUUGAGCUCAAGAAUACUUAUGACCAUUUACUUGCAGCUUCAACAUAUGGCGGAUAUGGCAUAUGGUAUCGUAGUGUUCCUCCAGUUAACACUCUGGUGUCAGCAACUGGACAGAGUCCCUACUUAGGUUUUCAUUAUGCUAUUGAAGGGGGUACCACACCCCCCUUACAAGAUGUAGCUAGAGCUGUCGCAAAUAAAAUAAAAUCUGCACUUCCAGGUUGGCUCGGUGGUUCUAUUGAGGCUGCUGCUCCUAACACUGAGCCACUCAUUCGAGCUGAAUCUUUAAUUAUGAGAAAUGGGAUUAGCGAUCCUCUGAGGUGUGGGACAUCUGUAAUUGUAUCACCUGAUCGAAGACUUGCUGCCAUCACAGAUAAUCUUGGAAGAGUCUCGGUUCUAGAUGUCAAUAAGGGAUAUCUAAUAAGGCUAUUUAAAGGCUACAGAGAUGCUCAAUGUGCUUUUAUCCAAUUAUUUGACUCUGACACUAAAAAACCGCAAAUCUCAUUGGUAAAAGAUAUUAAACGGGCUAUUUUUCUUAUAAUUUAUAAUCCCAAAAAAGGACUCAUUGAUAUAAGGCUAAUGCAACGAGGAAACAGGGUGGCAGUAUUUACCGCAACCAAGAAUGGCAAGCUUCUAUACAACACCUGUGGGCUUGUUGGAGCUGAAAAGAACUAUACGCAUAAAAAGUUGAACCUACCUGAAUUUCAAUGUGUGCUUAUUGAUCCUGACGGGAAACUGAAAACCUUCAAUAUUCCAUUCUACUACUCAUUGGAAGGAGUACAGUUGCAGAGGUCAAAAGAUUUGUAUACCUUACGCGGGAUCAGAGAGGUUUUAAAAAAAGGAACUCGUUUAGAGAAAGAAACACUAAAUGACGUAUUGAAGAAUAUAUCUUAUCUUGAAACUUAUGAAUGUAAGAAGCACUGCACAGAUAUUCUUAUUAAACAUUAUGAGACAUCAAGUAAUCUCUUGGUGGCAUGUUUAGAAAUAUUUUGGGACAGCUACAACAAAGACGACUGUGCAAUGGACCAGAACAUUAAAUACUAUUUUACAACAAUAGUAUUAGCAGCUUUAUUUUAUCGUCACAUUCACGCCGAAGAUACAAAUGAUAUGCAAAGCUUAGCUUUAAAAGUGUAUAAAGCAAAUGAUAUUUUAAUUUCGUCUGACGAUGUUGCUUAUUUACAUACAGUUGACGAUACUGAUUUAAAUUUUCACCUCCUGGAAGACGACAACUGUGUUUUGGAACGUUUGUUUAUCUUAGCACAGGAAAAAGAAUAUAAGGAAUACCAACACACCAAAGUCACUUUUGCUGAUAAACAGUGUAGUACUUUUAAAGAAUUUAAUUCAAAUUUUUAUUUCAACGAGCAAAGUAAUUACAUUUCCUUAAAAGCGGAUAUCAGUGAUGAAAAAAUUUCUUAUUUGGCAUCAGAUAUAUUUAAAUCAAUUCUAAAAUUAAAUAGCAUGCAUAAGAUAACAAAAUUUAUUAAAGUCAGCUUGAUUGAUCCAAAAGAUAUCUUUAAACUAGUUAUUACGCAUUUAAUGAACAUGCCACUAGAAGAUUUUAGUAUAGACUUGAUCGAGAAACUUAUACAGAUCUUUUACUACACAUGCUGUGCAUCAAAUGAAGCAACCAGUAUAAAUUAUAAUGAAAUAUCAUUAUGGUGGGAGAGCAUCCGUACUGUAAUAAUUAAUAUGACGUGCCCUCUGAGAAGCAUGAUUAUCGCUAUGGCUUGUAAAGUGGUAGUUAAAACUUUAGAAACUAAAAAUGACAAGGAUGAUGCUUGGGAGUCAGUGACUGCAGAGAACGCCAAGUGGGGCAUUUUGAUUGGUAAACUUGAAGAUAUAUCAAUCCUUAGCAUCAUUCUAAUAUUUAAAGAUUCAUAUCAAGGAAACGCUAUGAUGAAACUGCAACAUGACGAUAUAAACGUCAAUUUCAAGUACAUUUAUAGCCGUGGAAAAGGGUCAGUCACAGAGUUAAUUGCAAAAUGGCUUUGCAGUAUGGGAGUACCUCCCGAAGCUGUGGUAGCUAAUGAAAUUAUGGAAGCUUAUGAUGCCGUCCAAGAUGAUAGUAACGCAUGUGAUGAAGAUCAGGGGAUAUAUAUUUUUAUGGAAAAUAACAGACACUGUGUUGAUAAGAAUCCCAAAAUAUUUAAAUGGCUUUCCCUUUUAAGACGCCAGUUUCCUUUAAGUACAAAGUCGGAUUAUAUUGUUGCUAAUAUGUGCUGGGAAUAUGCCGUCGAAUGGCAAAGGUGCAUGAGUAAAUACGAAGCGUUGGCAGCAGUGGUUCACUGUCUCGAGAACAUAAAUAAUGUACACCUACGACUUGGGAUUUUCUCAAUCACUUGGUGCACUUACAUAAAGCAAAUAUUUGACGGCUGUUGCCGUUUAGUGAAUAAGAUAGGAAAGCUACCAAAAGACAAUCUUUGUUUACAGGACUUAAACUUUACAAGCGACAAUUUAACGAAAUUUCUACAAGUUGCAACAACAUUUUUGGAAAAGUUUUGCUAUUGCUGUGUUUCUGUGUCUGAUCAAGAGAAAGUGACGAUUCACUUCGAGAAAAUAUGGGAUGAGAGCUUGCCAUCUUUAGUUGAGGUUGCGCAGGAUACCAAUAAUGUUAAUUACGACUUAUUGCAUAUAGUUUAUCAGAUAUCGUGUACUAUUUAUUACUUGUGUCAUUUUAAUCUGAAAGUGUCUAAGCCUCUAGACACAUUGUACGAUAUAGAUUAUCAUAGCGUUCUCGAAGCAGCGGUCAGUACUACAAAGAGAGAAGUUAAUUUGAAACCAUCAGAAAAAUUGUUAAGCCCCAGAAUGAAAUAUUUAACUAAACUCAUUCGCGCCGCAAUUGAGACCAUAACUUGUGUAAAUGGUGACGACAUUAAUAAAAUGUACAAUGAUGAUGAGUGCUCAAAAUGGAUUGAGAAUAUUUCUAGUCUAGCUGACCUAUGGGGCAUAAACAACAACCUAGUGCGACGUCAACACAUCAUUGGUCUGUAUCAUUUGGGAUAUGAUUGCCUUGCUGAAAAUAUCGUAACUGUAAUAAAUGAACCAGAAUUAUUGCUACCACCUCUUCUUGCUAUAACAAUUCAACGGUUUAAGAGAAGUCUAGAACACUCGAACAAUCAGCCAGAGUGGAUUGUUUCAAUGCCACCACAAGUUUACAAAAGGAUUCAGAACACGCCUCUGGAUUCAUCGAUUCCCUCGCAUCCAUCUCUGAAGUCGACCAGAUCCUUUCUUCAGAAGUUGUUAAUAGAAAUUGAUAAAAAGGCAACAAAUACAAAUAAUGCUGAUCCACAAGACUUAAAAUUUGCAAAACUUCUUAUUGAUAGUUGCGAAAUUUUGUUACGCAAAGUGCUAUAA